AUGGCAGCCAAACCUGGUGCAAAGGCUGAGGGUGUUUAUGGAUCUGAAUCUCCUCCAGAAGAAGAACAACCACUGUUGAAAAAACAGAAAUUCGAUGCGGAAGAUGGCAACCAAGAACCACUAGUAGAAGGAAAAGAAGAUGAUUCUGAUGAUUGGCAUGAAAAUAAAGUGACCAAAGAAGAGUGGGCGAGGUAUAACAAACAAGUCGAAGAAAGCGAGGGCUUUGACGUUGACAAACUUCCCGAUAACCAAUUGUGUGGUUUGAUUGUACCAAUUACAAACUUUGAUUGUGAUUCCUGGUGGCUUAAGAAUGUCACCUGCUGUUCAAGCUUAGCCAUAGAUUCGUACAACACUGAAAAUGGUACAAAUUACAAGUAUUUGAAGGCCCUCAAAUAAAAUGUACAGCCUGUUGCGGGCUUUAUGAUGUAUAUCACUUUUGUGGCUGAGAAUGUUGAUGGUGGACAUUGUAUCUUUCAAGCUCUGGUGUACCAUGGAAUUGGUGAGCAUGAAGUCGAGUUUUGUAGGCUUAAACAAGAAAAGGGAGUGGCUCAGUUGCCUAGAGCAUGUGGCUGUUAAACCACAAGG